AUGGAGACACAAGAACUCAAGGUACCAGAAAAUAGCAAAAAAAGAACCAUGCAAGAAAAUCAAUUGGGAUUUGAAGGUGCUUACUGUGAAAUUGACAGCAAUGAGUGUAUCUCCCGUCCAUGCCAGAACCAAGGUCGCUGUGUAGAUGAGGUUAACAGUUAUAGGUGCUCCUGCAGACCUGGUUUUUCUGGGACACAAUGUGAAGUGGAGAUUAAUGAAUGUUUAUCGAGACCCUGCAAAAACAAUGGAACCUGCAUUGAUCUUAUAAACAGGUUCCUCUGUAAUUGUGCACCUUGGUACUAUGGGCCUCUCUGUGAAUUGGAUGUAAAUGAGUGUGAAGUUUUGCCUUGUCUGCAUGGAGGCAGCUGCUCCAACAAGCCUGGAGGCUACCAAUGUAUCUGUCCCCCUGGAUUCACAGGCAACAGAUGUGAAGUAAACGUAGAUGAAUGUAUAUCAGCACCCUGUCUCAAUGAUGGAAGUUGCAUUGAUGAUAUAAACUUCUAUAAAUGUCACUGUAAGCGAGGCUUUAUUGGAAUAAACUGUGAGACUGAUGUUAACGAAUGUUUGCCUGAGCCUUGUCUUCAUGGAAGAUGUAUAGACUUUGUUGGUGGGUAUCAAUGCUCCUGCGAAACAGGAUGGACUGGCUCAAAAUGUGAGAUCAAUGUUAAUGAAUGCAAGUCUGCUCCAUGCAUUAAUGGAGGUUCUUGUCAAGAUUUGGUCAAUGCAUUUGUGUGCAUUUGCAUGAGUGGAUACACUGGUGAAUUUUGUGAAGUAGAUAUUGACAUUUGCAAUGAACCUGCACUGAACUCAACCCUUUGUUUCAAUGGAGGCAUAUGUGUUGACGGCCCUGGAAGAACUUUUCAUUGCAGGUAA